AUGAAACCAAAAUCCAUAGGAAAGAAGAGUCUCAAUGAGAGACGUAAAUCGAAACCCAAAUAUGUUCAAUCAGUACUCCAAUUAGGAUCAAAGGUUAUUAAAUGCCCCAAAUGUGAGAUGACAUACUCAUCCACAUCUCUGACCGAUGUUUCGAUGCAUGAAAACUUCCACGACUUACACCUCAGAGGAAGGAAAUGGUCCAAUAAAUGGGGAAGCAUACUUGAAGAGGAAUCAGAUUCACGGCUGAUGACUCCGCCGCUGUCAUCCCCAUCACGAUCAUCUUCGGAUGCUUUCGAUAACAAAAAUGAAUAUAUCGUGAUGAUACGACCGGAAUAUAGCAAUGAAGUUCGAGCUACACUAGAAAUCAUGGAAGUUGUCAAUAAUGAGCUGAAUGCACCUCAUGACGAGAAUGAAUUUUGGUCUACACAGAAUGGAAAUGGGAAAGCGUUUGCAUACGUUAAGAAUGGAAGGGCGGUCGCUGUAAUAACAAUGGAAAUAAUAAAUUCAAAUAGAAGCAGAUGGAUGAUAUAUGAUAGUAAGAAAAUUAUAGAUCAUAUAACACCUUCUUUCACAUUGGGAAUCUCAAGGAUAUGGGUAUGUAGAACACAACGUUCAAACGGUAUCGCAACUCAGCUACUCGAAGCUGCAAGGAAAAAUGUGAUAUAUGGGAGGGAGGUGAAUAAACAUUCAAUUGCAUGGAGUCAGCCCACUGAAAGUGGUGGCAAAUUGGCUUCAAUAUAUAAUGGUGUGAAACAUAAAUCUGGGAAGCUAUUGCUUCCAUGCUAUAUAUAA